AUGGUUGCUAUGUAUCUUUCCUCCCUGCUCAUCGGCGCUGGCGCGCUUGUCUCUGCUGCUCCUGCUGGCCUGGAUGCGCGUGCUGGCUGCACCUUCACCGAUGCUGCUUCUGCCAUCAAGGGCAAGGCUGCUUGCAGCGCCAUCAUCCUCAAGGGCAUCGUUGUUCCCGCCGGUACUACUCUUGACCUGACUGGUCUCAAGGCCGGAACUUCUGUCACCUUCGAGGGCACCACUAGCUUCGGUUACAAGGAGUGGGAAGGUCCCCUGAUCUCAGUCUCUGGUACCAACGUCAAGGUCAUUGGCGCCCCCGGCAACGUCAUUGACGGAAACGGUCCUAAGUGGUGGGACGGCAAGGGUGGAAACGGUGGCAAGAAGAAGCCCAAGUUCUUCUUCGCCCACAGCAUGAAGCAGUCCUCCAUCACCGGACUCAACGUCAAGAACACCCCCGUGCAGGGCUUCUCCAUCAACACCUGCACUGGUCUCACUCUCGACCACAUCACCAUCGAUAACACCGCUGGUGAUACCGCCACCAAUGCUGGCCACAACACUGACGCUUUCGAUGUCGGUUCUUCCUCCGGAAUCACCAUUUCCAACGCUGUCGUCAGGAACCAGGACGACUGCCUGGCUGUCAACUCCGGCACAGAUAUCCACUUCAUCAACGGCUUCUGCUCCGGUGGUCACGGUAUCAGCAUCGGCUCCGUUGGUGGCCGCUCCGACAACGUCGUCAAGGGUGUAACCAUCACCGGCUCCACCAUUGAGAACUCUGACAACGGUGUCCGCAUCAAGACCAUCUCUGGCGCUACCGGCUCCGUCAGCGGCGUCACCUACAAGGAUAUCACCCUCAAGAACAUCCAGAAAUACGGCAUUGUCAUCCAGCAGGAUUACCUUAACGGAUCCCCCACUGGCAAGCCCACCACUGGUGUUCCCAUCACCGGCCUGACCAUCCAGAACGUCAAGGGUACCGUUGCCGCCAAGGGCACCAACGUCUACAUCCUCUGUGGAAAGGGCAGCUGCUCCGGCUGGACCUGGGCCGGUAACAGCGUUACCGGUGGAAAGAAGAGCACCGCCUGCCAGAACAUCCCCUCCGGUGGUGCUUCUUGCUAA